UCCAUCUGCCACCGCGGUUCGAGCGUAACACUCCGGCUUCUGCGGUGCUAGACCCCUGGGCACGAGCGAACGGCCGCGGUGGAUCCGGAGGUAACCUCCGGGUGUCACCUGUUCAUUUAGCAGCCAUUAAGCCCGGCAUGGUGUCACUUACCGCCGCAGACGAACUUCUAAACGUGUCUUGUCUCCAGAAAGCUGACACAGUUGGUACGCGCUAAACCCGCACGAGCCUAAAAAGCACGGGACCUCCAGGAUGUCGGUGAUAACAGCCAGUACGACUCACUAUCUGUGGUCUUUACAAGAUGUCCUGGGUCAAGGAGCCACAGCUAGUGUCUUUAAGGCACGCAACAAGAAAUCAGGUGAGCUGGUCGCUGUCAAAGUGUUCAACAUCCAGAGCUACCACCGCCCCCAGGAUGUCCAAAUGAGAGAGUUUGAGAUGCUCAGGAAGCUCAACCACAGCAACAUUGUCAGACUGUUUGCUGUUGAGGAGCUGCCGUCCAAGGAGAAGGUUCUAGUGAUGGAAUAUUGCUCCGGAGGGAACCUGCUCAGCCUGCUCGAGGAUCCAGAAAAUGCCUUUGGCUUGCAAGAAACUGAGUUCCUCACUGUUUUGCAGUGCAUCGUGCAGGGAAUGAAUCACCUGAGGGAAAACGGCGUGGUGCAUCGGGAUAUUAAGCCAGGGAACAUCAUGCGGCAAGUUGGAGACGAUGGGAAAUCGGUUUACAAGCUGACGGACUUCGGAGCAGCAAGGGAGCUGGACGAUGACGAGAAGUUUAUGUCUAUUUAUGGGACUGAAGAGUAUCUGCACCCUGACAUGUAUGAGCGGGCCGUGCUGCGUAAGCCUCAUCAGAAAACCUACGGAGUGAGUGUUGACCUGUGGAGCAUCGGGGUGACCCUGUACCACUCCGCCACCGGGAGUCUUCCCUUCACACCAUUCGAAGGACCUCGCAAGAACAAGCUCAUCAUGUACAAGAUAACAACAGAGAAGCCAAUGGGGGCGAUAGGCGGCUUACAGCGGGUGGAAGGUGGACCUAUAGAGUGGAGUUACCACCUACCUCACAGCUGCCAACUCUCACAAGGUCUGAAGGCUCUGGUGGUCCCAGUACUCGCAGGCAUAAUGGAAGCUGACCAGGAGAGGUGUUGGGGUUUUGACCAGUUCUUUACAGCGACAGCGGACAUCUUACAGCGGCAGCCGGUUCACCUCUUUUCCCUGCAGCAGGCCGUGGCUCACUGUAUUUACAUCCACCACUACAACACAGUGUCGAUGUUCUUUGAAGAGGUGGCGUCUCAGACGGGCGUGGGCAUACAGCAGCAGCGCCUCAUGUACCUGGGACAUGACCUGCCCCUGGAGGGCAACAUGAAGGUGGUCAACCUUCCAAGUACGUCGCAGACUCAGCCUCUCAUUCUGCUCAGCCCUCCUGCUGGAGCCAACGCCGGUCUGCCCUUCAGGGAACCCGAGACUUCUCCUGUUCCACCCAGGUUUGAUUUGGUGGCAGACUACAGUUUCUCCAAGGCGACAGUCGGUGUGGUCCACCAGUACAAGAGGAUUGUGCAGAUGCUUCACACACACAGAGAGCUGCUGCUGCAGGGAUUUUACACUUACAUGAUGAAGUUACAUCAGGAGUGCAGAGAAGCUAUUCACAGGAUUGCAAUGAUCGCAAUGAGACUGCAGUCCUGCCUCAUUGCACAGCACAGAGUUUCUAAACUAGCUCCUUACUCCUCCGAAGGUCCAACACUGGCUAAUAAUGGUCAAAAGCUGCAGCUGGUUCAUGAGCACCUGCCUGUGUACACAGCUGGAAUCCAGGACUUCCACAAUCGACUGGAGCGCCUGCAGAUCGAACAGGCCAAGCUGGUAGACACUCUGGCCAAUGACAAGAGCCGUCAGAGGAUGGAGAUGCUGCUGCAGAAGAUCACCGCGAUCCAUCAGCAUUAUCGAAAAGACAGAAUGACGGGCAAGUUGGCUUAUAACGAUGAGCAAAUCCACAAGUUUGAGAAGAUCCACCUGUCCUCCCACAUCAAGAAAGUCAAGUCUGUCUUCAGAGAAGAAUGUGUGCAGAGAUAUAAGGAGCUGCUGGCCUCGACCAGGGCAUGGAGCAGCACAAUGAUGGAAAUAGAGACCAGGCUACAGGACCUCGGCUCUUUCUCCACCGGCUUGUUGGCAGACUUGGAAAUGAAUGAGCAGCACCAAAAUCAGGCUAUGGGCAGAGUCCUGCACACGCUACAGUCUGAGAGAGCUGAACAACAGCCAGGGAUCACGCCAAAGGACAGGGAGCAGAUGGUGUCCAGGAUGCACCAUUUGAGGGAGGAGAUGGAGCUUUUGGUGAGGGAGCUUCAGUGCAACAACAACAUUAUUGAGAGUAGUCUGGGAGCAGUGAACUCUUCUGCAGCUCUGGAUCCAAACCCAGCCAGGCCCUCCACGCUGUGACAUGGCUCCACCUGCAUCGCCUCAUUUUAACAGCCUCUGCUGCGCGGCGGACCGGUUCUCUAGAUGGAUGGAGGCUGUUAUAAAAAGAGGAAGCUAUUUCAAACAAUCAAUAAAAUGUGAAUCUCUGAUUAAAUGUCGGAUGCACAGAGAUGUGGGAUAGGCCGCAGAUGGAUGUUUAGUGUGUGUGCUGAUACCAACCUCGUUAAUGUGUGUGAUUGUAUUUUUAAUAGGCUGCCAUGGUGACAGACUGUAGAUGAAACAGCCAAUGCCCAGUCAGCUGGUUUACUGGCUGCAUUUCCUGUUUCUGCCCACUUAAGAAGCACUUGGGAAUUUAACAUAUGGCCUCUAUGAGAGCGUUUCAUAGCCUGAUUAGGAUUUUUGUUUGUGUAAAUCAGAUUUUCAUGUUGGUGUGUUGAUCUGUGUUUAGAAAAUCAUGAUCUGUGCCGUCCUGACGGCAGUUUGCAACCAUCACAUCUGUCAGGAUCUGUGUAAGGCAGACGACAGAGAUUUUAAAAGGUGAAAAUCAAAUAAAAUAUUUAUUGUCUUCGUCUUUCCAACUGUUUCAGAUUUUCCACUUUUUCUGGUUUAUUUGACUAAUAAAUUAGUAAAGAGUGAAUAUACACA